AUCUUUCUCCAUCAUUCACAAUAUUCAAUUCCAAACAAUGGAACCCGACCAACCAAUGAUUCCUCCUCCAAACAGUAGUACCGAUAGACUAUCAGGCAAAAUCGCAAUCGUAACCGGCGGCGCAAGCGGAAUCGGCGAAUCAACAGCUCGUCUCUUCGCCCAACACGGAGCAACCAUUAUAAUCGCCGAUAUCCAAGACGAUAAAGGCCGUCAAAUCGCCUCCGAGAUCGGCAACCAUCGCUGCACCUACAUCCACUGCGACGUCACCGACGAACAUCAAGUCAAAUCCGCCAUAGAUCUCGCCAUCACCUUACACGGAACAUUAGACAUCAUGUUCAGCAACGCCGGUAUAUUCGGAUCCGCUUCUCAAACAAUCGUAGAUCUAGAUCUAAACAACCUAGAUCGCGUUUACACGGUUAACGUGAGAGGUAUGGCUGCUUGCGUUAAACACGCGGCGCGUGUGAUGAUUGAACGGCGCGUGAAAGGAAGUGUGAUUUGUACGGGGAGUGUUAUGUCGGUACAAGGUGGGAAAACGGCGCCGGAUUAUACGAUUUCGAAACAUGCGGUGCUUGGAUUGGUAAGGGCGGCGAGUCAACAGUUGGGUUUGUAUGGAAUACGUGUGAAUUGUGUUUCGCCGUUUGGAGUUUCGACGCCGAUGUCGUGUGGGGCGUUUGGAACUUCGCCGGAAGAAAUGGAGGUUCUGAUUGAACCGUUUACGCCGUUGAAGGGAGUUGUGUUGAAGACGAAACAUGUUGCUGAUGCUGUUCUUUUUUUGGCGUCUGAUGAUUCGGCUUUUAUUAAUGGUCAUAAUAUUGUUCUUGACGGUGGUUUCACGGCUUAAUUGAAUAUUGUAAUCUUUAUUUUUAAAAUCAUCCUUUGUAAUUUGUUUAUUGUGUUUUAUUUGAUUUCACUAUUUACA